AUGUCACAAUCUUCGUCAGAUUCAGCAGAGGAGUGUAACUCUGAAUCCAAAAAUUCCGUUUCAGAAAAAUCAUCGGGUGAGAUUAAUUUGCCAGUUUUAUCAAACGAAGAAGCUGAAAAAUUGAUAAUGCUUUUAUUUGACUGUAUCAAAACUGAUUCGAAAAAUCUUAAAGUGGUAAACGAUGUACUUCGAGAUUUCAGUAAGAUUCAACAGCUGAUCGCAAGUGCUAAAAAAAUAAUACAAAAUGAAAGCACUUUAUUGGAAGUUCCAGUCCCAGUCAACAUAUGCGGAGAUAUUCAUGGACAAUACGUGGAUCUUUUACGAAUUUUUGACGAAUGUGGCAGACCGCCUCAGCAGAGAUAUUUAUUCAUGGGUGAUUAUGUCGAUCGUGGCCCAAACAGUUUAGAAGUUAUAUGUUUGUUGUUACUUCUAAAGAUUCGGUUUCCAUCAAAAAUCUAUUUGUUACGUGGAAAUCACGAAUGCUCAAUGGUUAAUCAAAGAUAUGGCUUUCGUGAAGAAUUAGAAGAGCGAUUCAAAAAUGGCGAAUUGCUAUGGAUCACAUUUCAGGAGCUAUUCAAUUGGUUACCAUUUGCUGCUCUUGUUGGUAAACGUAUUCUUUGUAUGCAUGGUGGUUUAUCACCAAAAUUGAUGAAUCUUGAUAUUUUGAGAAACUUAAAACGGCCAAUAGAUCCAUUUGAAGACAGUUUAGAAGUUGAUUUAUUAUGGUCUGAUCCAGAUUCUAAAAUGUCUAAUGGACCAAAUGAUCCAAAUUUUGGACCAUCAUUAAGAGGUAUUUCUCAUCAUUUUAAUCAAAAUGCAGUAAUAACAACAUGUCGUGAAUGUAAAUUAGAUUUCAUUGUUCGAGCCCAUCAAGUGGUACAGGACGGUUAUGAAUUUUUUGCUGGUCGUCAUAUGAUAACUAUAUUCUCAGCUCCAAAUUACUGUGGAACCUUUAAUAAUUCUGGUGCAGUGUUAAUAGUUGAUGAAGGAUUACGGUGUGCAUUUAUUACUUUAGCUCCCGGUAACCAUAAGAUUAAAAUGAGGCCUAGUAAAUAUAGCGAAGUGGAUAUUGACGAGGAGAUAAUGAAGGAAUCAGGCCAUGAUUUGUGA